ACCACGCUCCUUCCUCUCAUCCCCUCUUCCGCCUUUCUUUCCCAUAUUCCUUUUCCGCAUCUUCUUCUACCAUAUCUUGUCUUUCUUUUCAGGGUUUGACUUGUUCUAUCCACUGCAUACAUACAUCCUUGGUAGUAUAUUUAACUGCCCCCUCCUGUUGAGCAAUCUCCUGGGCAGCUGUUCUGUUCAGGUACCAGAUACCAUCCAGUUUUUCAAACAAUUCAACACGGAGAACCCAUUCAGACCCAGGACAGGUCUUAAGCCUCGCUAUUCCAACGACUAUCAUGGCACCUCGGGAAAUCUACAUCCCCACCGAGGCCCGGGAUCAGCAGGAUCAGGCCCAAGAGUAUCAUGAGGAUCCGGCCCGGGUCCUGAAUCGGCAGCUCGUCGCCGAAAACUUGGAAUUGAAGCGCCUUCUUCGCGGGAACGGUAUUGCCUGGGCCCCUCCUGUCGUGUCUCGUCCCCCUCUCUUUGGCGUUGCGCGCAAACCUGUUUCUCCUACCACAACACCUGGCCAGGUUUCCGACAAUGACCGCCCCAAUUUGCCGACCCUUCCUAAAGAGGUGCAGUUCUUGAUUAUCGAGUACGCCAUGAGAAGCAAGUAUCCCAUCGUCGAUCCUCUAUCCAAGUCUACCGAAGACAAUAUGUCGGAUGAGGAGAAGCAACGAGGCAACCAGAUUGCCAUUGGGUGCAUGGCGGUGUGCAGUGCCUUCCGCAACGAAGCCACACACAUUCUCUGGACCAAGAAUACCUUCACCUUUACGACACCUGUGGCCCUGCGCAACUUCUGUAACUUGCCCUUGGAGCACCGCCAAGAGAUCAAACAUGUCAAUCUUCGAGUCAUUGCCAUGUACUAUGACGACGAGCCACGGUGUCACCAGAUCCCUCAGUCAUACCACCCAGCGUUGCGGAAGGACUUGUCUCUCAAGGUUCGCCCUCGGAUACUGGAGAAGAACCUGACCCCGAAGGGAUUCCGUGCCUACACCUGGGCCCAAGCCGUCGACUUCCUGGCCGCCUUGUGCCCGCCUUUCGAUCCCAACCACCUCGGGAUCCAUCCGCGUCUUCGGCUGCUCCCCGGCCUUGAGACGAUGCGGAUCGACUUUGUCAACUUCAUCGAGAGGUUCAUAUCCUUCCUCGACGGCAGCCUUCGCUUGAUGGCGGCAAACGAACUCGGAUGCACCCUUAACGAGCUCAUGGUCACUGGGUUGCCCUGUUCCGAGCAAGGCAUUCGGAUUGGGUCUGAGCUCACUGGCAUGCUCAAGGACGGUGGCCUAUUUCUCGACGCGGCCCCAACCUAUGUCCAGACGCUGGGCAGCACGGGACAGACUUGCAUGUGGUGCCUACACAGCAGACCCUACAUUCCGAAGGCGAUUCGUGCCUUGAGAAAGUUCAAAGAGGACGGCGAUGGUAACGACAACAAUUAUGACAGCGAUCCUUCCAGACACGAGGAUCUCCCGAGAAUGCCAGCAUGCCCCGAGGUCGCCGGACAUCCGAUGUCAACCUACGUGGAGCGUCCUACCGUCUGGAAGAAGGUGCCGUUUGCCCGGGACGAGGAAGAGCGCGGAUGGCUCGAGUUCGACCGCAGGUCGGGCUACCCGGUCGGCAACGCGCCCGAUACCCCUCCGGAAGAGGAUCGCCCCCACGAUGUCGUUUUUGAAUGCGCCAAGUGCGAUGAGAUGCACGGCCGCUUUGGCCGGGGUCGCUAUUGACCCCUUUCUGUCGGUUCCCUGCCUAUACUGUGCGCACUUUCGGCUCGACGCCAAUUGCUCUGGGAUUUGCUGAGGAUUAUGGUGGAAAUGAAAUGGCGUUAAGGUCGACUACUGUACCAUGUUUAGAGGCACUUGUCCCGAUCUGCCUAAGCGUUUCUCACGAGUAUGAGGUUUAAUAAUGGCAUGGAUUGGCGCGGGUAUACGGGAAUUCCGAAAUCCGGUGUUGUAUGUUCGAUA